GCACUUCGUGAUUCGCGGAUCGUUUGCCGCGUGAACUCACAAUAUCCGGCUUCGACAACCAGGUUAGGAGUAUGGGUGACACCGGUCACGCGGAGAUGUUGCCUGCCGAUACGACGCGAUUAGCCGCCGACUCCGGCUUCAGCGAGUUGCUGAGGUCGGCGGAGCAGCUGUCCGCGGCCGUCGAGGGAAACGAGGAUCUGCCGCAGGUCGAGAGGAAUCUGCGGCAGAUACUGGACGCGUCCAACGAGCUGUGGUCCCGCGUCACGCAAACGAGCACGCAGGACAACGAGGCGCAAGCUCACGUCUUACUAGGCUCCCGAGGGGUGGAUCUGUCUCAGAUCUCGCAAAAGUUAAAUUCGCUCAGUGCGAGACGCACGUUCGAGCCCUUAGAUCCGAUCGCAGACACUGACAUUGUCAGUUACCUUAGGAACGAAAAGGAGAAUGCAAUUCUUUCCAUCAUCGAACAAGUCCACAAAGACACCUUUGAGCUCACCAGAGCCCAACAAAUGGAACAUAUGCUGGGCGAGUGGAAGCAAAUGCGUUUUGAGAUAAUAAACGCCAUGACUGCGCCGUCCGGUGAGCUGGUGGACUUGCGUGGUGCUCCGCAGCGUACAAAACUGGCCGGCUCGAUGGUCAGCGGUCUCUCCAGCAUCGAGGUCGCCUACGUGAAGGAAUUACAGACCUACAACGAUCAUGUGCUGCGAGGUGUAACGCGGCCGAGCCUGUUUAACGCAUUCUACAGAGCCUCCGAGUCCUUUAACGACAAGAAGAUCGUGGAUCUGUGGCAAAUGGUGAAGUGCAUGGUCGAUAUACCGCCGACGCCCAGGGGAGAUCAGAUUAAGUCCAGAAGCAGCCCCGCGAUCGAGCAGAGAAUCGUCUCGCAAGCCAAAAAGUAUCUGGAGAAUCGAUACCGAGACUUCAUGAACUCCAUCAUCAACGAGAACCUGAUGCAAGCGAAACGGGGCGGCGUUCCAGGCACUAUACCCCUGGUCAAGAGCUUCGUGGGCGUCAAGGUGCAGAAUCUGAGGGAUUUGGAAGACGCUGUGGUGGAGCACAAGCCGUUGUGGCCGCUGGUGUACUACUGCAUGCGCGCCGGGGACUACAAAGCCGCGCUGCAGUGCCUGAAUCAAUGCAAUAUAGAAUUCCCGGAAUUCAAGGCUGCUCUGGAAGAAGCUUGCGACGAUCCGCAACAUCAUCCGAGCAGUCGCGCCGAAUCGAUCCUGAAGCUGCACUACAGGAAGCAGGUGCGAUCCGUCACGGAUCCUUACAAGAGGGCGGCGUAUUGCGCGCUGGUCCCUUGCGAGCCGGACGACCUGCACUCCGAGGUGAUAGCCACCGCCGACGAUUACUUGUGGCUGAAAUUGUGCCAAGUGAGAGAUCAGGCGGACGUUGAGAACAAGCUCACCUUGGAUUAUCUACAGAUUACAAUUUCAGAGAUAUACGGAGAGACCUAUUAUCACGCGCACGAACAGCCAUUUUUGUACUUUUCGAUGCUGUUCUUGACCGGACAGUUCGAGGCGGCGAUAGAAUUCCUGGCCACGGGCGCCGGAGCGAGGCAGUUGCCGCACGCCGUCCAUCUCGCAGCCGCUAUGCACGAGCACAAUUUGUUGGCUGUCAGUCAAAGCGUUUUGGCGCCCCUGAUUAGCGUAGAUCCCGCCGAUAAGCCGCCGGCGAAGAGACUGAAUUUCGCUAGGCUGAUAUUGCUAUACGUUAAAAGAUUCGAGUCGUCGGACCCGAAAGAAAGCCUCCACUAUUUAUUUUUAUUGAGAUGCAUGAAGGAUCCGUACGACCGGAACAUGUUCGCGGCGUCCGCCGCGGAGAUGGUGGUGGACGCUUCCCCUGCGAACCGCGUCUUGUUGGUCGGAAGGCUUGACAAAGAUCGUAGACUUCCAGGGAUCUUGGAUCAGUUCCAGAUCAAUACGGACGACGUGAUAAAUAUAUGUGCCGAAACUUUGUACAGAAAGGGUCUGCUGGAAGACGCCGUCCUGAUGUACGAUCUAGCCAGAAAUCACGAGAAGGUUCUCAGCUUGAUGUGCACGCUGCUGACGCAGGUUGUGAGCCAGAGAGGCUCGCCCAACUCUCUCAGAGCGCGAUUACAAGUCUCAGCCAUGGAUAUCAGUACAAGGUACAAAGACAUCGCGAUCCAAGCACCUUCGGAAGUGGUGUCUUCGUUCUAUACUUUGAGGGAUCUUAUGGUCUUCUUUGAUCAAUUCCACAAUGAGCAAUAUCAGAGCGCGCUUCGAACAAUUGCGGAUUCGAAGAUGUUGCCUCUUCAGGUAAAGGAAGUCGACGAAAGAGUGAACGCCUUGCGUCGGGUGUCGCCCGAAGUGGCCGGCACAUUGGCCGAUGUCCUUCUGGCCACCAUGACGAUACUGUACCGUCAGUAUCAGAAAUUGCGAUCGAUGGAACCAGGCGACAAGAUCGCGAGGGAGCAACAGUUGCACGAUCUCCGAGAGCAGGCGCGAGCGUUGACAAGCUUCGCGGGAACGUUGCCAUAUCGUAUGCCAAACGAAACGAACAGCAAACUUGUACAGAUGGAGAUCCUCAUGCAUUAGAAUCGAAUGGAAAAUUUAUAUUUAAAUGUAGUCUAUACCAUUGCUAGUUAGCUCUAUUUAAAAGAUUUUCAUUUUCUAUAUCAUAGACAAACGUUCUAACAAACAUUUGAUUUUUAAUUUGAAGUGCACCGUGGUUGCACGUGUUCCAUUAAAGCGUCACGGUACGCGAC